AUGGAGGGUAUGGACGCUAAAGAGGACAUGGACGCUAAAGAGGACAUGGACGACAUGGACGCUAAAGAGGACAUGGAAGACAUGGACGCUAAAGAGGACAUGAACGACAUGGACGCUAAAGAGGACAUGGACGACAUGGACGCUAAAGAGGACAUGGACGACAUGGACGCUAAAGAGGACAUGGACGACAUGGACGCUAAAGAGGACAUGGACACUAAAGAGGGCAUGGACACUAAAGAGGGCAUGGACACUAAAGAGGACAUGGACGACAUGGACGCUAAAGAGGGCAUGGACGCUAAAGAGGACAUGGAUGACAGGGACGCUAAAGAGGGCAUGGACGCUAAAGAGGGCAUGGACACUAAAGAGGGCAUGGACACUGAAGAGGGCAUGGACACUAAAGAGGGCAUGGACACUAAAGAGGGCAUGGACACUAAAGAGGGCAUGGACACUAAAGAGGACAUGGACGACAAAGAGGGCAUGGACACUAAAGAGGGCAUGGACACUAAAGAGGACAUGGACGACAUGGACACUAAAGAGGGCAUGGACGCUAAAGAGGACAUGGACGACAUGGACGCUAAAGAGGGCAUGGACGCUAAAGAGGGCAUGGACACUAAAGAGGGCAUGGACACUAAAGAGGGCAUGGACACUAAAGAGGGCAUGGACACUAAAGAGGACAUGGACGACAUGGACGCUAAAGAGGGCAUGGACACUAAAGAGGGCAUGGACACUAAAGAGGACAUGGACGACAUGGACACUAAAGAGGGCAUGGACGCUAAAGAGGACAUGGACGACAUGGACGCUAAAGAGGGCAUGGACGCUAAAGAGGACAUGGACACUAAAGAGGGCAUGGACGCUAAAGAGGACAUGGACACUAAAGAGGGCAUGGACGCUAAAGAGGGCAUGGACACUAAAGAGGGCAUGGACACUAAAGAGGACAUAGAUGACAGGGACACUAAAGAGGGCAUGGACGCUAAAGAGGGCAUGGACGCUAAAGAGGGCAUGGACACUAAAGAGGGCAUGGACACUAAAGAGGGCAUGGACACUAUAAAGAGGGCAUGGACACUAUAA